AGGAAGCGGAAGUCUCGUGCGCUCCGGGACUAGCGCCGCCGCACGUGCGUGGUCUCCGCGGUUGUUGCCGGCGCCGCUGCUGCCGGGGUUGAGGGGUCUGAGAAGCGGCGCUAUGGGGAGGCUGCGGCGGCGCUACAACAUGAAAGGGCGGCAGCAGCCGCAGCCGCCGCCGGGGCCUGAGGUUCAGCGGCCGGGCGUCCAGGUGCAGCUGGAGCUGGACGACAGGGGCCUGUGGAAAGGAGUGGAUGAGAGCAACGCGCUUGUCCUGCCCGGACGGAAAGAGAAGAAAAAGAAGGCCGCACCCACCUCCAAGAAGGAGAAGAAGCCUCUGACCAAGAAAGAGAAGAAACUCUUACAGAAAGUGUUGGAGCAAAAGAAAAAAAAGACUGAGCGAGCAGAAUUACUGCAGAAACUGAGUGAAGUCCAGGCCUCUGAGGCGGAAAUGCGGCUUCUGUAUACCACCUCCAAGCUGGGGACUGGCGAGCGGAUGUACUGCAGCAAAAGGAAGAUAGAAGAAAGUGGACCUGGGGGUCCGGAGAAGAUUAGUAGCCUCAGUGGUGCCUACAGAAAAAGACGAAGGCAGCCAUCUGAAGAGGAGCCUGAGUCCUCCAAUGAGGCUGAAACAGGGAGUGAGGCCGAGGGCUCGGAAUCCCCAGCAUCGGCUGGAGUUAGUGCAGAGGCAGAGACAACAGCGGCCGUGAAACCCGCCGAGCCCAUCAGCAAGGACGAGAGCUCUCCCUCUGGCCGCCAGCCAACCUCCACACUGGCAUCUCCUCCCCCCGCUUCCCAAGCGCCAUCUGCAAAGCCGGCCAUUUUCGUCCCAGUGGACCGCUCUCCUGAGAUCCAGGAAGCCCGGCUCAAGCUCCCCAUUCUUUCAGAAGAGCAAGUGAUCAUGGAGGCCGUUGCUGAGAACCCCACUGUCAUCGUAUGUGGGGAGACAGGGAGUGGGAAGACCACCCAGGUGCCCCAGUUUCUCUAUGAAGCUGGGUAUAGCAGCGAUGGCCUCAUCGGGAUUACUGAGCCUCGCCGAGUGGCUGCUGUGGCCAUGUCCCAGCGGGUGGCCAAGGAGAUGAACCUUUCCCAGAGGGUGGUUUCCUACCAAAUCCGAUAUGAAGGGAAUGUGACCGAGGACACCCAGAUCAAGUUCAUGACAGAUGGGGUCUUACUCCGAGAGAUCCAGAAGGAUUUCUUACUCUCCAAGUACAAAGUGGUCAUCAUCGAUGAGGCCCAUGAGAGAAGCGUCUACACGGACAUUCUGAUUGGGCUCUUGUCUCGAAUCGUGUCUCUCCGGGCAAAGAAGCAGCAGCCCCUGAAACUGCUUAUCAUGUCAGCCACACUCCGAGUGGAGGACUUCACCCAGAACUUGCGGCUCUUCUCAGCACCUCCCCCUGUUGUAAAGGUGGACGCCAGGCAGUUCCCCGUGACUGUCCACUUUAACAAGAGGACACCGCUCCAUGACUAUAGUGGCGAGUGCUUCCGGAAAGUCUGUAAGAUCCACCGCAUGUUACCUCCAGGAGGCAUUUUGGUGUUCCUGACGGGGCAGGCUGAGGUGCACUCUCUCUGCCGAAGACUCCGGAGAGCCUUCCCAUGCCACAGAGGCAGCACUAGAGGAACCGAAGAGAAGGAGGAUUCUGUGGAAGAGAUGAGAAAAUUCAAGAAGUCCCGAGGCAAGAAGGCCCCUGCGGCACUGCCCAGAAUCGAUUUGGAUAAUUACUCAGUGAUGCCUGUGGAUGAAGGAGAUGAGGACAGGGAGUCAGAAAUGGAUGAGGAAGAGGAUGCUGUGGGAUCUGAUCUCGACCUAGACCUGGGAGACGGGGAAGACGAAGAAGAUGAGAAGCCAGAUGCCUCCCUCCCGCUUCAUGUCCUGCCACUGUAUUCGCUACUAGCUCCAGAGAAGCAAGCCCAGGUGUUUAGAACUCCCCCAGAGGGAUGCAGACUGUGCGUGGUGGCCACCAAUGUGGCUGAGACGUCCCUGACCAUCCCUGGCAUCAAAUACGUAGUCGACUGCGGCAAAGUCAAGAAGAGGUUUUAUGACAAAGUGACUGGCGUGUCCUCUUUCCGAGUAACGUGGGUGUCCCAGGCAUCGGCUGAUCAGCGGGCAGGGAGAGCCGGGAGGACAGAGCCAGGCCACUGCUACAGGCUAUACUCAUCGGCCGUUUUCAGUGACUUUGAGAAGUUUUCUCCUCCUGAAAUCACCCGGCGGCCCGUCGAGGAUCUGGUCCUUCAGAUGAAAGCUUUGAACAUAGAAAAGGUUGUCAACUUCCCGUUUCCAUCCCCUCCCCCCAUGGAGGCCCUGGUCGCCGCAGAGGAGUUGUUGACGGCGCUUGGAGCUUUGCGGGAGCCCCUGCAGACAGGACGGCUGAAGCAGCUGCAAGGGGCAAAACUGAGCUGCCCAAUCACCCCCCUGGGGAGAACUAUGGCCACCUUUCCAGUGGCUCCCCGUUAUGCCAAGAUGCUGGCCCUCAGCCAGCAGCAUGAAUGCCUGCCCUACGUCAUCACCAUCGUGGCUGCCAUGACCAUCCGAGAGGUGUUUGAGGAGUUAGACAGACCGGCUGCCAGCGAGCAGGAACAGGUGCAGCUGAAGGGGAAGAAGGCACGUCUGACUCAGAUGCAGAGACUGUGGGCCGGCCAGGGAGCCUCGCUGAAGCUGGGUGACAUGAUGGUGCUGCUGGGUGCAGUGGGGGCCUGUGAGUACUCGGGCUGCACACCCCGAUUCUGUGAAGCCAAUGGACUGCGGUACAAGGCCAUGAUGGAGGUGCGGCGGCUUCGGGGGCAGCUGACCACAGCAGUGACCUCCAUCAGUGAGCACGCCUCAGGCCUCUUUGUGGACCCCAAAAUGGAGCCCCCGAACAACGACCAGGUGAAUUUCCUGAGGCAGAUGGUGCUGGCCGGGCUGGGCGACCACGUCGCCAGGCGUAUCCAGAGCGAGGAGCUCCUUGAUGAGAAGUGGAAGAACGGCUACAAGACCCCUCUGCUUGACGAUCCUGUCUUCAUCCACCCCAGCUCAGUCCUUUUCAAAGAGCUCCCUGAGUUUGUGGUCUAUCAGGAGAUCGUGGAAACCACCAAGAUGUACAUGAGAGGGGUCUCCGCAGUUGAAGCCGCGUGGAUCCCAGUCCUGGUGCCCUCCUACUGCCACUUUGAAAAGCCCCUCGAGGACCCUCCCCCGUCCUACUGCUCCGAGACUGGUCGGGUCGUGUGUCACCGGGCCAGCACCUUCUAUCGCGUGGGCUGGCCGCUCCCCGCUGUACAGGUGGACUACCCUGAGGGACUCGAGCGCUACAAGUACUUUGCUAAGUUUUUUCUGGAAGGAGAGGUCUUUAAAAAACUCGCCCGCCAUAGAAGCUGCUUAUUGUCCAGCCCCAGCACAAUGCUCAAGACUUGGGCCAAGCUCCAGCCCAGGACGGAGAGCCUCCUGAAAGCUCUGGUGUCAAAGACAGCAGAUUGCCGGGAUGUUUUACAAGAGGCCUGGAAGCAGGAGCCCAAGUAUUUGCUAUCUGAGUAUUGCGAGUGGCUCCCCCAGGCCAUGCACAACGAAGUCUCCAAACUUUGGCCCCCCUGCAGACCCUGAGCUUCCAGAACCCCCAUCAGCUUUUCUGGCUAUUCCCAUGGCACUGGGCCCAGGGGGCAGUCCAGGCCUCUUCCUGAAAGACUCGGAUGGAGCCUAUCCCCCUGGCACAGAACGGGAAUCCUCUUGUGCGGCCCCGUCAUGCUCCAAGGAGGCAGAUCUAAUCCUGCAAAGCCGGGCUCCCUCUCCUCCCUAUGUGACAAAGCCCACAGCAAUCCUGGAUUUUCUGGUCAUUUUAGUAGUAUUACAGCCUCGUGGCCUGGGCUCAGUAGACCUCUCUGGUUUCUCACCUCCUCGUCUCCUGCCUUGCUGGACUCCCUGUGGCUGCUCUCUUCCCUUGUCGGCCACAGGGAUCUUCUAAUGCCCGGAUCUAUGCAGGUCACUCUUCUCCUCAGGAAGCACUGGGGCCCCACAUUGCCCAUAAGAGAUACAGAUGCCUUUCUUUGCUCUAAGACCUUCACAGUUGGGCCUGACCCAGCCUGUGUCUCCAGACUGGUGACAUGUUUGGGCUCUUCCCAGAAGUGAUACUGUCUGAUUUCUGUCUCCCCUUCUCGAUGACAUCACCACCCUCUCCCCCUAAUGCCCAGAAUGCUCUCCUCCUUCCCCGAGCCACUCGCUUUAAUCAAGGCUCUAGCGCCACCGCCUUCCAGAGACCUUUCCUAAUUCCCCAGCUUUUAAUCCCAUCCUGUCCUGUGUUGCUCCCCCACUUCACUGUGGAUUUUGUAUAUAGUCUGUAUUUACCAGACCGUGAACAUCUAGUACCCCUCAGCUGGACUGCAAGCCCCUUGAGGGCUGGGACUACCUCACUUUUCUACUUAGAUCUUCAGGACCUAGCAUGGUGUCUGUCUUGAACUAAAACUCAGUUCUUUUCUUCUUAAAUUAUUUUUUAAAAUUUCCAGACUUAAACAAAAUGAGUAUUUCUGCCCCUUCCUAACUUCAUGGACCUGAGUAUUCUUCUCCUCUCUCCUCCCCCCUUUCCCACUCCCUUAGAUCUAAACUAUUUGAGCACUAGGGACCCAUCUCACACUCUCUUGAAUUCCCGAGUCCCUUGCACAGACAGGCCCUCCAUAAAUGCUUCUUUAUUCGAUCCCACCCACAACCACCAAAUCUUCACUCACUGGAGAGGAGGGGAGCCUGGAGAGGGACUGGUCUUCCCAUUUCCCUCGUACCGCACCCCUAAUCAUGAUGGCGCUAGGAACGAAUGCCAAGAACUAAGUUAUUCCUGAGAAAGGGAAUCCUUCUCUUGGGCUGUCUGAUAUAAAUAGACACUUGGUUGAAAUAAAUAUAUUUAUGUAAUAUUCUGGA